AUGUCACUCUCGUCCUCCUCCUGCCUAAGGCGAUAUCAACAUCAGUCUGGCUCUCCGCUGGAGUUCAAGACAAUACUCGCCCUGAAAGCCCGAAUCCCUCGGGAGCAGGCCUCCCCUGAGACACGCAAUGCAACCUCUACAGAUGCCCAGGUCGCAUCUCAGACACAUACGCCAGCCUACUGCCAACCUGUCCAUUACUGCCUGAUGGCUUCCCUUCUGACCAUGUUCUAUCUGGUCUACCUGCUUGAAUGUUGGAACUGCCAGAGUCGUCAGUCACUCACCUCCGCCAUGAACCUUGACGAUGUGGCUGCGAGGAUUCGCACAGCUGUGAGCGAUGAGCCGAGGCUCUGGUGGAUUGCCUUCUCCUACCACUUUGUUCGUCGGGUGUUUCGUGAAGGGGCCUGCCGGCAGAUGUUCGACGUCAGGCGCUGUCAACACCACCACUGCCGACCGAAAUUUGCGGAGACGACACGUCUGCAUCUCUCUGCCGGAGAGGAGCCGCAGUGGAUAAGUUCACCGCAGGCGGCUGGAUUGCAGCGGUCGCAUACGGUGGGAGGUCAUGUGCUGGGAGCCUCCCUAAAGACCUGCGCAUAUGACCGAGUGAUUACGAGUGUGCGACAGUGUUUCCUGGAUGCCAAGGCGGUGGGCGGUUGGGAGGACCGUUCACCAGCCAUCUGCUGGACGAUAGACAAACCGGCCACUCAAGUCACCUUCUCCAAGGAAUUUGCUUUUUCUAGCGAAACCUGCAGACUGCGGUAUGAGGAGCAGAAGCGAGGCUUUGAACGACUGCAAGAAAAUGAGGACGAAUAUUUGGAGAUAAAGGAGGGUAAGCAGUUUGGAAAUGUGAUACGUUUGAAAGUCGAACCACGUAAUGAGCACAGCAAACACGCAUAG